AUGUCGUCUUCAGAUUCAGCGACGCGUUCAUUGCCAGUCCUUUCAUUGCGUGCUGCUGAGAUAGCCUCGGCAGCCGCUCAGAAAAAGGCACAGGAGAUAGGCAUCGACUUCAACAUCGCCAUUGUAGAUGCCACACUCAACUUGGUCCACUUUGUUCGCCAACCCACCGCAAAGCUCACAUCCAUUCAAAUCUCAAUCGACAAGGCUUUCACAGCAGCAGGACACCGUCAGCCCACUUCGGCAUACAAGCAUGCCAAUUUCCUGCCCGGAGGUCCUGCGUAUGGUAUUCAUAACUCCAAUGGUGGUAGGUUCAUGUUGAUUGGUGGUGGUGUGCCUAUCAAGAUUGAUGGGCAGGUUGUUGGUGCUGUGGGUGUUAGUACGGGGACGCCGGCGCAGGAUGAGGAGGUUGCGUUGGCUGGAGUGAAGGCUGUUGAUGAGUGGGUGAAGAAGAGGCAGGGACCUAAGUUGUAA